CAAAAGCUCUGUAGCACCGUUAUGUGAUCAAUCAUGGACGCCUAUAUGGUGUUUUUGUUUCUUUUGUUGACACUAUUUUCUCAAUUAGGAUCAUCAGCAUCCUAUAGUACAAUGAGCAUGGGCUCAUCUCUCUCUGUGGAAAAUCCAGCUGAUAUUUUGAUCUCACCAAAUGGCAUGUUUUCAGCUGGGUUUUUUCAAGUAGGUGAAAAUGCAUAUUGCUUUGCAAUAUGGUUCACUGAGCCAUCCCCAACUCACAACCUCACCGUGGUUUGGACGGCAAACCGUGAUGAGCCAGUCAACGGUAGGAGCUCCAAGCUCACCCUCCAAAAAAACGGAAAUCUUAUUCUCACAGAUGCUGGCAAAUCCACCAUCUGGUCCUCCAACACUGUUUCAGCUUCAUUAGCCCGAUUGCGUCUCAACGACACUGGCAAUCUUGUUCUACUCACUGUCAAGGGUGUUGCUUUGUGGGAAAGCUUUGCUUCACCAACAGACACCCUUUUACCUCACCAACCACUUACAAGGAACACCAAGCUUCUCUCUUCAAGAAGCCUCACCAACUAUUCCUCUGGCUUCUACUCACUCUUUUUCGACAAUGACAACACUCUCCGCCUUCUGUACGAUGGCCCUGAAGUUUCAAGCAUUUACUGGCCUGAUCCUUGGCUUCUUAGUAUCCAAGCUGGGAGGUCCACUUACAACAACAGUAGAAUUGCCAAGUUUGAUAACUUGGGCAAUUUUAGUGCAUCCGAUGAUUUCACCAUUUUGUCAUCGGAUUAUGGUGCAAAGCGGCAGAGAAUAGUGAAGAUGGAUGCUGAUGGUAAUGUUCGAAUGUACAGUCGAAAGCAGCCGGGAGAUACUUGGGUUGUUACAUGGGAAGCAGUUUUGCAACCGUGCAAAAUUCAUGGAAUUUGUGGGGCUAAUAGUUGGUGCAACUAUGUUCCUAGUUUUGGUAGGAAAUGCUCAUGUGUUCCAGGCUAUGUGAUUAGAAAUAAAAAUGAUUGGAUUUAUGGUUGUCAACCAGAAUUUAAUCUGUCCCACAACAAUAGUAUUGCUGCUCGUGAUCAGUUUGAUUUUAUGUUCAUUCCUCGUGUUGAGAUCUAUGGGUUCGAUUUCGGGAUCUUUUAUAAUUACACCUGGGAAAAGUGCAAAAAUUUCUGCCUGGAUUUGGGAAACUGUACAGGGUUCCACUUCAAACAUGACUCAGGUGGUGGUGGUUUUUAUAAUUGCUUCCCAAAGAUGCAAUUACGAAAUGGAUACCGUUCGCCUGGUUUUGAUGGAGACCUGUAUGUGAAACUACCCAAAUCAAUCCUUUCUUCCUAUAAUGUCACGGAAGCUGAAGAAUCCAACAGUAUUUGCUCAGACAAACUUACAAGCCAGCUUGACAGAACAUAUGAAAAAAGCAACACAAAUCAGUCUGUCAAGUUUAUGCUGGAAUUCGCAUCUGGG